UGGAGCCGGAAGUGAAGUGCCCUGGGAGACUGCAGGGACGAGGGGCCAGACGGUAGUGGGCGAGCCAGCGAGCGGGCCUGGCUAAGCCGUACCGUGAGCGGUACGUGCGGAGUGGCGGCGGACCCCCGUCAUGCCCUGAAGGCCCUGUCAUGGGCACUAGCGGCUCCAAGUCCCGGGGCCUCUGGCCCUUUGCGUCGUCCGCGGGGGGCAGCGGUUCGGAAGCGCCCAACGCCGCCGGCACGGACCAGGCCCUCACCCGGGCACAGGGGUGCCGGAGCGCGCCCCCCUUCGUGUUCACCCGACGCGGUUCCAUGUACUUUGAUGAAGAUGGCGACCUUGCACACGAGUUCUACGAGGAGACGAUCGUCACCAAGAAUGGACGGAAGCGCGCCAAGCUGAAGAGAAUCCAUAAGAACCUGGUUCCUCAGGGCAUCGUGCAGCUGGACCACCCCCGCAUCCAUGUGGACUUUCCGGUCAUCAUCUGUGAGGUGUAAGCCUCAGCACCCCCCUCCGGCUCCCUGCCUCUCCCACCCCCAGAGAGCAGCACGUGGGGAACACAGACGCAUGGGCGAGAGGGAGCCAGUGGCCAAUGGGCAGAGGGAGUGGCGUUGGCUAGAGGGGGGCUCCCUCGCCCUCCCCGACUUGGACUCGGUGGGCCGGGGCCUCUGCUGCUCCAUUGGUCUGUGUCCCCGGCCCGCGGGAUUAGGGUGUGGCCCAGCCGGGCCCAGUUGAGGGAACUAGGGACUCCUCACUUGGAGCCCAGCGUAGGUCUGGGCCUCCACAAUGACCUCCCCGCUGCUCAGGGUCCCAGUUAGCCCCAGGCCGUCCGCCUUGUCUUCUCCCCCUCCCCGGCCCCCACCAGUGAGUCUAGAAAAAAUGCGGGGCCAGGACCUUCAGGUGGACAUGGGGGUGAGCGAGCUGGGGGUGGCAGGCAGGCGGGGGCUCAAGGCCCCUUGAUUCACUUGUGGGCUCUUCCAGGGUUAGGGGGGAAUUGGGGGGUGCGAUGAUCUAGGAAGGAGGGUUACUGUCCAGGCCUCGGGGUAGAAAGGGGGCAAGGGCUCGGUUGCCCCAUCUUCCAAAGUUCUUAUUCCCUGCCCUUAGGGAGUGUGGUUGUGGGGUGGGGUGGGGGGUCGUCAAUUUCAGGGUUCAGUUUUAAUUCUCUUAGUCUGUAGCUUGUUUGUGUCUCUGCCUCCUACUGCCGCUUCCCCGCUCCCACACAUCUGCCCUCCUUCGCCCCCUCCCCCUCCCUCCCUCCUACAGCCGGGUUGAAAUUUUCUGUCUUCCCUGGGUGGGACAGAGCAAGGCAGCGCUUGCAGCCAUAGGGGUGAACCCUCGUCCCGAAGGGGAAGCCUGGGGGCAGGCAUGUGGUCUCAGGGCCUGUUUUGUCACUCUUAGGGAGUCAAGGGGACACAGUGCACUUUACAAGGGAUGAUGGUGGGGGUGGGAGGGGGAGACAUGCCCUCCCCUAGUCUGGCCUCCGCCCAGCUUCUCCUCUACUUCCCCUCCCUGAGUGUCUACCAGGAGAGCGGAGCUCUGGGGAGCUUUGCUAUGCACAAGUGGGAUAGACCCCUGGGGCUCCCCCCCCCCCACCCACGCACCCCCUCCCCGCCCCCAGAAGUCCUCUUUGAGCAUUUCAGCAGCCGUUUGCUACCUCUAUUCCUUUCACGGCCAGGGUGGGG